CCGCCGUCGUCGCUGUCCCGCUGCUGUGCACCGCCUAGCUGACGAGGCGUCGGCCCCAGCGCUUCGGAACCCCACGCAGCCGGGCUUGGAUCCGGGCAGGCGGUGGGCGAGCGCGUGUCGGAGGACGCCGCGCGGGCGAGCGGACGCCCGUGAGGGAAAGAGGCAGGGGCGGCAGGUCAGGCGCGGGCCGGGCCGGCCGGGGGAUGUCGAUGCCUGACGCGAUGCCGCUGCCCGGGGUCGGGGAGGAGCUGAAGCAGGCCAAGGAGAUCGAGGACGCCGAGAAGUACUCCUUCCUGGCCACCGUCACGAAGGCGCCCAAGAAGCAAAUCCAGUUUGCUGAUGACAUGCAAGAGUUCACCAAAUUUCCCACCAAGACCGGCCGAAGAUCUUUGUCUCGCUCCAUCUCACAGUCCUCCACUGACAGCUACAGUUCAGCUGCGUCCUAUACCGAUAGCUCUGAUGAUGAAGUGUCCCCACGAGAGAAGCAGCAAACCAACUCCAAGGGCAGCAGCAAUUUUUGUGUGAAGAAUAUCAAGCAGGCAGAAUUUGGACGCCGGGAAAUUGAAAUUGCUGAGCAAGACAUGUCUGCUCUGAUUUCACUCAGGAAACGUGCUCAGGGGGAGAAGCCCUUGGCUGGUGCUAAAAUUGUGGGCUGUACACACAUCACAGCCCAAACAGCGGUGUUGAUCGAGACACUCUGUGCCCUGGGGGCCCAGUGCCGCUGGUCCGCUUGCAACAUCUACUCCACUCAGAAUGAAGUAGCUGCUGCACUCGCUGAAGCUGGAGUGGCUGUGUUCGCUUGGAAGGGCGAGUCAGAAGACGACUUCUGGUGGUGCAUCGAUCGCUGUGUGAACAUGGAUGGCUGGCAGGCCAACAUGAUCCUGGAUGAUGGGGGAGACUUAACCCACUGGGUUUAUAAGAAGUAUCCAAACGUGUUUAAGAAGAUCCGAGGCAUUGUGGAAGAGAGCGUGACGGGUGUGCACAGGUUGUAUCAGCUCUCCAAAGCUGGGAAGCUCUGUGUUCCAGCCAUGAAUGUCAACGAUUCUGUUACCAAACAGAAGUUUGAUAACCUGUACUGCUGUCGAGAGUCCAUUUUGGAUGGCCUCAAGAGGACCACAGAUGUGAUGUUUGGUGGGAAACAAGUGGUGGUCUGUGGCUACGGUGAGGUGGGGAAGGGCUGCUGCGCUGCCCUCAAGGCCCUCGGAGCCAUUGUCUACAUCACAGAAAUCGACCCCAUCUGUGCUCUGCAGGCCUGCAUGGACGGCUUCCGGGUGGUGAAGCUCAACGAAGUCAUCCGGCAAGUGGAUGUCGUGAUAACGUGCACAGGAAAUAAGAAUGUAGUGACCAGGGAGCACUUGGACCGCAUGAAGAACAGUUGCAUCGUGUGCAACAUGGGCCACUCCAACACAGAAAUUGAUGUGACCAGCCUGCGCACGCCUGAGCUGACCUGGGAGCGAGUGCGUUCGCAGGUGGACCACGUCAUCUGGCCGGAUGGCAAACGCGUCGUCCUCCUAGCAGAGGGUCGUCUCCUCAAUCUGAGCUGCUCCACGGUCCCCACUUUUGUUCUGUCCAUCACAGCUACAACGCAGGCACUGGCCCUGAUAGAGCUCUACAACGCCCCAGAGGGACGGUACAAGCAGGAUGUGUAUUUGCUCCCAAAGAAAAUGGAUGAGUAUGUUGCCAGUUUGCACCUACCCUCAUUCGAUGCCCAUCUGACAGAGCUGACAGAUGACCAAGCAAAAUAUCUGGGACUCAACAAAAAUGGGCCAUUCAAACCCAAUUAUUACAGAUACUAAUGGAACAUAGAACCCAGGACCAGUUCCACGAGAACCACACAAGUCUAAAAGAAAUAUUUUUUAAGAUAACUUUUAUUUUCCUCUUCUUUCUUUCCUUCCCCCCCCCCUCUCUUUUUUAAUUUUAUUUUUCCCCAUAAUUUCAUUCUUAGUUUUUCAUCUCAUUAUCCAAGUUCUGCAGACCACCCAGGAACUUGCUUCACGGCUCUUUAGAUGAAACUGAGGUCAAGAUUCCUCACCUUAGUCACUAAAGGAGGAUUUUAUUCUCCCAGCCCAGAAAGGGGAUUCGCUGUUUACCACUUCUGGGGGCUGGAAUCUUACCAGGGUACCUUAUUACCAGGAAAUGCUAAGGUACUUUCUACGUGGAACAAUCUGCAAUGUCUAAAUUGCCUUAAAAGAGCCCCUUUCUUAGCUGCUGAGAUCAGGUCUCUCACUUCUGCAGAGGAGCAGGGGCGGUCCCUUACCAGCCAGAUAGGUUAGAGGUAGGAGGUGCAUGCAGAUCCCCUUUGCAGUUCCAAGCCCUGCUGCCAGUGUCAAAGUGGUCUGUCUGGUUCAGAGGUGUGUCCUAGUGUGUUGGUUGGUGGUUAAGGUCCAGUAGGUCCACUUGGAUGUCCUACAGCCCUUUCUCCAUUCCCACCUGACCCUCUCAUAUUUCUAGUUUUUAACCAGACUGCACUUUAUUAUGUUGAAUUUUGUUCCCUGGUAUUUUAUUUCUGUUGUACAAAAAAGAAAGAAUGAGAGAAAACCCUUUAAGGACAAUUUUAGUGUUAACACUGAGGAACUGCUCCGGAGGUUGGGGGUGGCUGUUACCAGUCUCUCUUCCGAACCCUCGGCGCUAAGAGUGCAGCAUUGAAUCUUGUGAGCUGCUGGUCUCACUCAGCAAGCCUGUCUGUUUCUCGUCCGUAGUUGAUGGGAGCGCCAGCUGGGGCCAUGGCUAAAACUCCUCCCUGGCCCCGUGCAGCUUGUGCUGGAGGCACAUGACUUAAGCCUCCCUCCGCAUAUGGCACUGAGCUCGCGCUAGGCUUUAUCCUUUCAGAGCAAGCUUCUGGUCGGCUGUGCUUCUGCAGCCUACGAUACUUAACGGGCGGUAGAUCUGGAGAGGGGGGCCACAGAAACUUGGGCCAGGACAAGGGAAGUUUCACUCUAUGCCAUUUGUCUGGGACUUGAAGCCCUGCAUAAUACAAGUUUCACAGCAACGGUGACAUGGUGAUUGACACAUACCACACAGUUGCUGAAGCAAGAGGGUAAAGGACAGUGGGGAAGAGAACAUGAUCGGGGGCCCCUGGCUCAGGCUCUGGUGGAAUCCACGGGGCACGGGCACGUCCCCCUCCGCCAUUCCCCCUGCUUACCAGCAUCUCUGCAUGCAUGGGCCAGUGAGCUUUGUUCUGCUCAUGAGCUUUAACUAUAUAGUAUCCAGAUUCUGAGUCCUCCACUUGUUCUCACUGGUGAUCCUUCAAAGUUGAGUCUAGAAGGGACUAGAAAUUUUCUUUCUCUGGGGCCUCUCGUCAGAGAGACAGGUGUUAAAAACAGGAAUAUAAGCAAGGGAAGCUUUCUCCCACCUGCAGUGCCCCAGCAGGGGACAAUUGUCUUGCCAAAACUUUUUUCCCCUUUCUGCUGCUCCUCCUUACUCCCACCCUGCCCCUUCCCACUCCUUGCCAGUGUGACCAGCUUCCUUCAAGCCCUUUUCCCCAGGGCACUUAACCAGCCAAUCAGAACCAGAACACCACAUCCAUUAGGGGAGGCAGCCUGGCCAACAGUGUAUGCGUCCGUCGUGUCUGCUCUGCUGGAGGGCAGGGCCCAAGCUCAGCCCUCUGGCCUGACCCUGCUCCCAUCGCUCUGACGGUGUCCAUAGGAAUAAUGGGUAAGGGCUCCAUCCCUGUCACUGUAACAAAGGACACUGGAAACUGUCUGGAAUCAGGGAGCGUGUGGAGAGCAACUUGGGAGGAACAAGUUUAUUUUGUAUUGAAUAAUUUUUAAUGAAUGCAAUAUUAAUCCUUGCAGAUGAGCAAUAAUCAUUAAAGUCAAUUAAUGAUGAGACCUUA